UUCACUUUUUUUCUUUGCAAAGCUGCAACGCUUAGCAGCUCGCGCCCACCGCUUCUGAAAACUGGGCCUAGAGAAGUGGUUGUAUUUUCUCCACUGCGUCCGACAACCGGGCCUGUCUGGUCCAGAGAAGGGUGUCUGCAACCGAGUCUUUCACUCCGACGAGUGUCCGCAACGCAUCGGGAGCGGGGCGUGUAGGAGCUUCAUAGGCAGUGUGUUUGGGUUCAUGUAACUCAAAAUCCACCUUAUUCAAGGUAUACAUGGAUUCAGUGCUUUUUCGAUGUCUGCCUCAUGCUUCUUCUCACACCGCUGUGACAGGUGGAGAUUUCUGUAGGACUAGACAUUGUGCUGCCAUCUCCUAUGCAAGUUCUUAUGGGCCAAAUGCUUCGUGCAACCAAAGGAAAGUCCAAAAUGAAUAUAGUUGUUUGAGACUUCGGAAGCCAAGUUUGAACCAUCAUUACAAAGGCAUUGGGGGAGGGUAUACGUUUCAAAAAUAUGACAUAAAAUUUGUUGUGAAAGCCACCUCUGAAAAAUCUUUUGGGUCGGAAUCUCAAGCUUUUGAUCCAAAAAGCGUUUUGGACUCUGUCAAAAAUUCCUUGGAUGCUUUCUACAGGUUUUCAAGGCCACAUACAGUUAUUGGCACAGCAUUAAGCAUAAUUUCUGUGUCUCUCCUUGCCGUUGAGAAAAUAUCAGACAUAUCGCCAUUAUUUUUUACUGGUGUGUUGGAGGCUGUGGUUGCUGCCUUGUUUAUGAAUAUUUAUAUCGUUGGUUUGAAUCAAUUAUCUGAUGUUGAAAUCGACAAGAUAAACAAGCCAUAUCUUCCAUUGGCAUCUGGGGAAUAUUCCUUUGGAACUGGUGUUGCUAUUGUUUCAUCCUUUUCAAUUUUGAGUUUCUGGCUUGGCUGGAUAGUAGGUUCAUGGCCAUUAUUUUGGGCGCUUUUCGUAAGUUUUGUGCUAGGGACUGCUUAUUCAAUCAAUGUGCCUCUAUUGAGAUGGAAGAGAUUUGCAGUCCUUGCAGCUAUGUGCAUUCUUGCUGUUCGGGCUGUAAUAGUUCAACUUGCAUUUUUCCUUCACAUGCAGACUCACGUGUACAAGAGGCCACCUGUCUUUUCAAGACCACUGAUUUUUGCUACUGCAUUCAUGAGCUUCUUCUCUGUAGUUAUAGCACUGUUUAAGGAUAUUCCUGACAUUGAAGGGGAUAAAAUAUUUGGCAUCCAAUCCUUUUCAGUACGGUUAGGUCAGAAGCCGGUAUUCUGGACUUGUGUAUCUCUCCUUGAAAUAGCUUACGGGGUGGCCCUCCUGGUGGGAGCUUCAUCUCCCUGUCUUUGGAGCAAAAUUUUCACGGGUCUUGGACACGCUGUUUUGGCUGCAAUUCUCUGGUAUCAAGCCAAAUCUGUAGAUUUGAAAAGCAAAGCUUCGAUAACAUCCUUCUAUAUGUUUAUUUGGAAGCUAUUUUACGCAGAGUACUUACUCAUUCCUUUUGUUAGAUGAGGAUGCAGAGGCAUUGUUGUUGACUUCAGAAAAAGUUUUGUUUAAAUGGAGCUACCUUUGACCCCGGCCAGCUUGGAUUUAAUGGGACUCCAUUAGUUUUAAGUGUUUUAUUGCUAAUUUAAAUGAAUUUCUGAUGGAUUUUUCAUUUUUGUGUAUUGCUCUGCAUUCGGUGGUUUCUCUUAUGAUUUUUCUACCUGUUACUAUUAGAAAAUAAAGGAAAACUGAACCUUGUGCGCUUCA